AUGGACAAAUGUGUGGAGUAUUUGGAUGUGGUGGAUGAGGAGGAGAAGGCUUACAGAGAUGGAGCCAAAGAACAUGGUGAGGUAUUCAAAGAUAAGGCCCUCCAUGAUAGAUACAUGGACAAAUGUGUGGAGUAUUUGGAAAACCAUGUGCACAUGCAUGAGGUUGAUUUCAAUGCUGGUUUAGAAGCUUUUCCUAAUUCAGAAAAAGUUAAAGUUGUUGUCGAGAUCUUUGACCUACUGGAAGUGCAUUCAUGA